GCGCAGGAUCACCGACUUAACGCUCAUAAGAAGAAGAAAAACACGCUUUGCGUAGUGUCCCAUUUAUACUAGCAGACAAAAUGUCGAUAUUUACACCCACAAAUCAGAUUCGCCUGACAAACGUGGCGGUCGUGAGGAUGAAAAGGGGAGGAAAACGAUUUGAAAUAGCGUGUUACAAAAAUAAAGUGAUGAGCUGGAGAUCGGGAGCAGAGAAAGAUCUGGAUGAAGUACUCCAGACCCCCACAGUGUUUAUAAAUGUGUCAAAGGGCCAAGUGGCGAAAAAGGACGAUCUGUCAAAAGCAUUUGGAACAGAUGACUUAACAGAAAUAUGCAAACAGAUUUUAGCAAAAGGAGAACUUCAGGUGUCUGAUAAGGAGCGACAUUCUCAGCUAGAACAGAUGUUCCGGGACAUCGCCACGAUUGUGGCUGAGAAAUGCGUCAAUCCGGAGACAAAGCGCCCUUAUACAGUGAGCCUAAUAGAAAGAGCCAUGAAGGACAUUCACUACUCUGUCAAAGCCACUAAGAGCACAAAACAGCAGGCACUUGAAGUGAUCAAACAGUUGAAGGAAUCCAUCCAGAUUCAGAGAGCUCACAUGCGACUCCGCUUCAUCCUGCCAGCCAAAGAUGGGAAGAGGCUGAAAGAGAAGCUUAAACCCCUCUUAAAGGUGGUGGAGAGUGAAGACUUCGAUGAUCAGCUGGAGAUGGUUUGCUUGAUAGAUCCGGGCUGCUUUCGGGAAAUCGAUGAGCUGAUUCGCUGCGAAACAAAAGGCAAAGGUUCGGUCGAGGUUCUCAGCCUGAAAGAUGUGGAAGAAGGCGAGGAGAAAUUCGAGUAACCGUCCUGAAUCCGCCUCUACACACCGCUCACCACAUUAACUACUUACUUCCACAUUAAAUUAUUUCUCUCUUUUAUGUAUCAAAACUGUUUUAGUUGAUUUAUAUAACAGGGGACUGGACUUACUGAAGCUUUAAGCAGCAUUUGUUGAAGUUUCUAGUUCAUUAUCUUUUUAUUUUUUUAUGGACCAGUAAUUAUAAUAGUGUCGUUUGGGCAUAUUUACUGUUUGAGCUUUCAGUAAAUCUUCCUAAAUGACUGAUCCAGAGCAAAUUAAUAAUCUAACUCAAAUCACAAAACUAAGAGGUUUGUUUUCUGUGAAAAUUGAAGUGAUUUGUAUGACUGCAAGACAGGCAACAGAUUGAUUUAUUAAAAUAAAUAUGAGUACACAUGCAAAGUGCAGCAAAGUAAAUCUUGAUCCCAAUGACAGAAGUCGACAGAAUGGUGGAAUGACAGAAGGUGCCUAUUCCACCAUACCCCCAUUACUACUACUCUCUUGACUUAAAAGUGCAGUUUGUAAUAUUUUAAAUUGUUUGUAAUACUCAUUUCAUGUCCAAGAUCCCAUCAAAACGUUUGCCAUGCGGCGAGUUUCUUCAUUUCAGGUUUUUGUUUACAUUUUUAUGGCCCAGAAGUUAGCCCCACCCCUCAGCUGGAACAGAAUGCCUCAGCUUUUCUUUGAAAGGCAAGUCGGGAGAUAUGCAAAGUUUCAGCAGUAAGGGUAAGGUCAGUUGGGAAGAACAGGAAGGCUUCAGGUUUGCAGUUCACCUCACAACCAGCAGAAAAUAAAUAUUACAAGAUUUUCCCCUGCACCCAUCUAAAAGUUUCAGUGUCCACUUGGUAUCGUUUGUUUUCUCAGAUUUGUGCCAUAUAUCUGACUUACAACAAAGCUUACAAAAUCAUCAUAACAAUGUACAAAAUGUGCAAA